AUGGAUCAUCGUCAAGCCUGGAAGGAAUACCUGAGGGAGCUGUGUUUCUCGUCCAACGACUCGUCCGAUGAGGAAGAUGAUUUGUUCAUGGAGGGUAUGAGAGCCUGGCAAGCCGAUCUGGAGGAAUUGGAGAGGCGACCAUGGGGCGGUUCAGUGCGAGGUCAGAAGCGCAUCAACCGUUACCGGCUGGAGGGCCAUAUGAGGUUGUUUAACGACUACUUUGCCGAUCCCCCCGUGUGCCCCGACUACAUAUUCCGGCGCUCGUUCCGGAUGAAACGCGACCUCUUCUUGAAGAUUGUUGUGGCGUUAGAAGAGGAGGACCCAUGGUUUCAACAGAGGAGAAACGCACCUGGCGAGCUUGGGCUAUCUGCAUUGCAAAAAGUGACUGCAGCAUUUUGUAUGCUAGCAUACGAUGCGUUGGCCGAUUCUCUAGAUGAGUGCCUCUGUCUAGGGGAGAGCACCAUCAUUGAGAGCAUGCGACGUUUCGUCCGCGCUGUCGUUGAGGCAUUUGGCGAUGAGUACCUCCGAUGUCCUAAUGAGGAGGACACGGCGCGUUUGCUUGCCAUCAACGCGCGCAGAGGGUUCCCCGGGAUAUUAGGAAGCCAUGCCUUUUUCGGCAUGCCUGGUUCGCUGAACGACAUCAAUGUCCUAUACCGGUCGCAUCUCUUUGUCGACCUUGCGGCCGGUGAGGCCCCAAAGGUUAAUUACACCAUAAAUGGUCACCAUUACACCAUGGGGUACUACCUUGCCGACGGAAUUUAUCCGGAAUGGGCCACGUUUGUGAAGCACAUUCCGGCGCCUGUUGGCAGGAAGCAUCAAUACUUCGUCGUGCAACAAGCGGCGGCUCGUAAGGAUGUGGAGCGCACCUUCGGAGUCCUCCAGUCCCGGUUUCCCAUUGUCAGGGGGGCCACGAGGUUAUGGGAUGAGGAAACUCUUUCCUCCAUCAUGACCGCUUGCAUCAUCAUGCACAACAUGAUAAUCGAAGACGAGCGUGAAGAUGAAGAUGUGGUGUACGUGUACGAGGGAGCAGGUGAGGACGUCCAGCCUUCUCACGACGUCACCCCACCAUUGAUGGUGUUGAGCCAACGUUACAACGCUAUUCGAAGCAAGCAGUGCCAUCUGCAUCUCAAGGAUGAUCUAGUCGAACAUUUGUGGCAGUUACACGGAGGUGAAUGA